ACAAAAAAACAGUAGUAUAAGAGGAAAGUGUGGCUAAAGGUAAGUUUUGAAGAAUAAUCAAAAUGUCUAUGAAAAUGGAAAAAGAUACGGCGAGAGAAGAGCAAGAGACAACAUCAGCCGUGGAGCCACUUAGCCCGAUUUCACAGUUGUUCGUAUCGCCGACUCUCUACUGCAUCAUUAUAUUUACUCUAGGGUUUCAAACUAGAUGCAACCCAUCUUCCAUUGUUGAAGGUAUCAAGCGCACAUGGAUCAAGUUCCCUCGUUUCUCUUGCAAAUUGGAGAUGAAGAAAAAUGGAAAAGCGGUUUGGGUUCCUGCUACGUAUCGAGUAGAAGAUCAUAUUAUUGUUCCAGAUAUUGAUUAUUCAAAUAUUGAAAAUCCUGAUCAAUUUAUUGAAGACUAUACUUCGAACCUAGCAAAUACUCCUAUGGACAUUUCCAAACCUUUAUGGGAAUUUCAUAUACUAAAUAUUAAGACAUCAAAUGCAGAAUCUUUGUGUAUAGGAAAACUGCAUCAUUCACUCGGCGAUGGGAUGUCUCUUAUGUCUCUUCUGCUUGCUAUUUCACGGAAAACAUCAAACCCCGAAGCUCUUCCUACAACUGCGGCUACGAGAAAACAUGCUGAUUCCAAUGAUAAGGAUUGGUGGUUGGUUAGGAGAUUUUGGCUUAUGAUAAGAGUCAUUUUCACAACUGUUAUUGAAUUGUUCAAGUAUAUUCUUACACUAUGUUUUAUGCGGGAUAGUCUAACCCCUCUCACCGGUAAAACGAGAGAUAAAAUUCUAUAUAGAAAGAUUAUGCAGAGGUUUGUAAGCCUUGAUGAUGUCAAGAUGGUGAAGAACACAAUGGAAAUGAAAAUCAAUGAUGUUCUUCUUGGAAUGACACAAGCAGGUCUCUCAAGAUAUUUGAGCAGAAAAUAUGAUGAAGAUAUGGUGGUCGAGAAGAAAAAGCUACUAGAAAAGAUCCGUCUUCGGGGUACAGUAAUUGUAAAUCUAAGAGAAACUGCAAAGAUCGAGGAUCUCGCAACUAUGAUGGCAAAGGGUUCAAAAAGUAGAUGGGGAAACUUCGUAGGUCUUGUUAUGUUUCCUAUAUGGGUAAGAUCUGAGGAUGAUCCAUUAGAAUACAUCCGACGAGCCAAAUCUACUAUGGAUGUUAAAAAACUCUCCUUGGAAUCACUUCUUUGCUAUCAAGGCAUCAAAUUAGCCAUGAAAAUGUUCGGGGAAAAGGUAGUAGAAAAUCUUGUUAGGAGAUUAUUUGAUCACACAACAUUGGCAUUUUCAAAUGUGAUGGGUCCAGACGAAGAAACAAGUUUUUUUGGUCAUCCAAUGUCGUACGUCACAGCAAGCGCAUUGGGUGGAUCACAAGCUCUUAUUAUUCAUUUCGUGAGCUACGUAGACAAGAUUAUCAUCAAUCUAGCAGUCGACACAACAGUGAUUCCAGACCCUCAUAUACUGUGUGAUGACUUAGUAGAGGCGCUCAAUGUCAUUAAACUUGCUGCCUUGGAGAAAGGAGAUCGUAAAAUGGAGGUCUGAGACAUGUAUCACCAGAUAUAAUAUGUUCAGAAGAUAUAAUGUUGUGUAAUGUAGUAAUGUAAUGGUAUCUUUCUUUAUAAACUUUUGCAAGAUUAAUGUUUUUUUUUA